AUGAAUACGUUCCUUGUUGCGGAGAUAUCACACUUUAUCCACUGCCACUAUCUAUCUAUCUAUCUAUCUAUCUAUCUAUCUAUCUAUCUAUCUAUCUAUCUCAGUGAUUUCAUUUCUAUCUAUCUCUCCCAUCUGUCUAUCUAUCAGUCUAUCUAUCUCUAUAUAUAUCUAUCACAGUCUAUUCAUAUCUAUCUAUCUAUCUAUCUAUCUUAUCAUUUCAUAUCUAUCUCCCCCUCUGUCUAUCUAUCAGUCUAUCUAUCUCCAUAUAUAUCUAUUGCAGUCUGUUCAUAUCUAUCUAUCUCACUUUGUUCAUAUCUAUCUAUCUAUCUAUCUAUCUAUCUAUCUAUCUAUCUCAGUCAUUUCCUUUCUAUCUAUCUCUCCCAUCUGUCUAUCAGUCUAUCUAUCUCUAUAUCUAUCUAUCGCAGUCUAUUGAUAUCUAUCUAUUUAUCUUAUCAUUUCAUAUCUAUCUCCCCCUCUGUCUAUCUAUCGGUCUAUCUAUCUCCAUAUAUUUCUAUUGCAGUCUGUUCAUAUCUAUCUAUCUAUCUAUCUAUCUAUCUAUCUAUCUAUCUCACUUUGUUCAUAUCUGUCAUUCUAUCUCUGUUCGUAUCUAUCUAUUUAUCUAUCUAUGUUCAUAUUUAUAUCUAUGUGGAUCCUUCUAUUCUUAUCUAUCUAUCUAUCUAUCUAUCUAUCUAUCUACACACAACGGGUGCAACAUAA